CCAGACCCAGGCCCUGUCUGUGCAGGAACGGGGAUUCACGGCGGCCUUGUGCGGAAGAACGAUCUGAUGAAUUGUUGGCAACCUACAAUCUGCGUAUGCGAGAUUGCACAAGAUUGAAGAAACGAGCACCGAGGGGUUGAUUGAAAUGGGGGACAAUCGGGCGAAGGGGGCUGAUUUUGAGAAGAAGGCGGAGAAGAAGCUCACCGGCUGGGCCUUGUUCGGUAACAAAUACGAGGAUGCGGCCGAUUUGCUGGAGAAGGCCGGCAACGCCUACAAACUUGCCAAAGCCUGGGACGAAGCAGCUAAUGUUUACAUUAAGUUGGCGGAGUGCCACUUGAAGUUGGACAGUAAGCAUGAAGCAGCUGCAGCUUAUGUUGACGCCGCGAAUGCAUACAAGAAGAAGCCGAACUCUCUCGAAGCUGUGAAGAUGCUGAACAUGGCAAUUCAGAUGUUUGAAGACAUUGGGCGACUCUCUAUGGCGGCAAAGCAUUACAAGGACAUAGCUGAUAUUUACGAGACGGAGGAAGAUUUUGGAAAAGCUAUGGAGUACUACGAGAAGGCUGCUGAUCUUUACUCAGGGGAGAACGUGGAAAGUACUAGCAAUCAGUGCAAGCUCAAGGUUGCACAGUAUGCGGCGCAAACGGAACGCUAUGACAGGGCUAUUCAAAUUUACGAAGAGGUGGCCAAGAACUCAAUGAAUAACAACUUGUUGAAAUACAGUGUAAAAGGAUAUCUUUUGAAUGCUGGUUUGUGCCAGAUCUGUGGGAAGGACAUUGUCGCGGUCCAGAAUGCCUUAGAAAGUUAUCAGGAGCUGGACCCUACGUUCUCUGGUACUAGAGAAUGCAAGUUUUUGCAGGAUUUAGCCGCUGCUAUUGAUGAGAUGGAUGUUGUGGCAUUCACCGACGUUGUGAAGGAGUUCGAUAGCAUGAGUCGUCUGGACCAAUGGAAAACCACAUUGCUGUUGCGAGCAAAGAAUGCUUUGAAGACUAAAGAAGAUGUAGAGGACGAUCUCACUUAAGGCCUUCCUGCUGAUGCUGGAUUUGUGCCUGCCUUUUGAAAUAUAUGUCGCUGUUCUUAGCUUUCUUAGAUAGCACAAUUAUCAAAAUGCUCUGCUUACUUUCAGAUAUCCUUCAUUGGUCUUACAAUUUCAUUUUCAGAGAUCAUUCCGACCAUUUCUUGCUCCUCAUAAUACAUCUUUCGUGAAAUUUUUUCAGCCCUCCAUUAUUGUGUCCUUGAUGGAGCAUGCCAUGGGACUAGAGUAGCAUGAGUAUCCGUUAUUGCAGUUUUUGACAUAGUUGUUGAAGAGUCGUGUGACUAGAAACCUAUUUAUCGUAAAAGUGGUGAACUCAAUUCAACCUUGAGUAUUUGAAUUUCAAACAUUAUACUGGAGGGCCUUGUUUGGUAAA